AUGCCUCGAUCUAAGACUUGCCAGAACUGUGCCCGCUCCAAGGUGCGAUGUGUCCACAGCACAGAGACUAGAACCUCCUGUGAUCGAUGUCACCGUUUGAAUAAAUCGUGUAUGUACCGGGAGACCGGUCGUCGCUUCGAUGGCUUCAGAAAAGACAAACAAAUUGAGGCUCUCGAAGCAAGAAUUGAAGAACUUACAUCCACUCAGCCUUCAGUUCCAUCCUCUGUGAGCCGCCUAGCUGCAUCAGUUGGAAGUGACAUUCCUACAGCGCGUGAAGAUGUCAUCGAUCGACACCUUCUGGGCAUGGAUGAUGCCGAGUCUUUUGUUGAAAUCUUCAAAAACAAGAUGAUCAUACAUUUCCCCUUCGUGGUUAUCCCGCGUUCAGUAUCGGCGGCACAGAUUCGUCGGGAGAAGCCGUUCUUAUUUCUGGUCGUACUUGCAUCGUCGUCGUACGUGAAUAUCCCAUUGCAACAGCAGCUAGGGAAGGAGGUGAAAGAAGAAAUCGCCACUCGACUGGUCAUUAACGGGGAGGUUUCUUUUGAGCUGCUGCAGGGGUUGUUGGUCUAUCUCGCAUGGAUUGCCAUGUUAUUACAGAAACCAUCGACCUUUCCUAGUAUUCAUUUAUAUCUCAACGAGUGCUGCAAAUCCCUAUACGAGAGGAAUGAAGGGGAGCAUGAUAGGUUCAUUAUUUAUAGUAUUCGCUUGCAAUGUAUUAUGGAGAAAAUCGAUCGCUUGUGCUCAAAAUAUGGGCCUGAAUUGGACUUUUCAGGCUCAGCAGCGGAGUUAUUUGCUGCCAGUCUCGAAGCCGAUUUAGAAUCAUUUCGCGCUAGUUUACCUUUUGAUCUACAUGAUAGCUCCUUUCUUACUAUACAAUUCCACACAGCACAGCUUUCUCUGUAUCAGCUCGGUGUCGCCAAAGUAGCUGGACAUCUGUCUGAACCAAGUUCCAGUCUAUCAAUACAGCCAGAGGAAAUGCUAUUUGCUGGACUGGCUGCCGCAGAGUCAUUAUUCAAGUAUUAUCUUUCACUUCCAUCUAGUUCAGAGCGUACAUUCAACAAUACGCAAUGGGUACAAAUGGGGUUUUCUAUGCUAGCUGCAUAUAAACUCAUUAUUGCAAUAAAAGCCACAAGAGUCCAAUCGGUGCUCCCCUCGCAUGCAUCCUGCUGGUUAGAUACGAUGAAACAAGUACAGGAACGAGUAGUCACAUUAUCUACCUCUAAAGUGGACGAGCAACAUGACAUUUUCCUUGACUUCGCCGAGCGAGUAUCUCGGGUCCAGAGCUGGCUUGAUAAGGAAGUCAGUCAGUGGGCUGCAGCGCCUUCCAUUCAUCAGUCACAAAAUAAUAUGAACACAAUAGCUGACGAUGAAGUACAUACUGAUGAUAUUCCUGGCCCCCUAUCAGAAGCUCUAAUGUUUUCCAACAUUGACCUUGACAAUGAGUUUGCAGACCUUUUUUGGACGGCAGAUUUGGACCAGAUGAUGGGUAAUCUCUAUCCUACUUUCUUUUCGGCUUGGCUUCUGACCUCUGCAGCAAUUGCCUUCACUCCAUGCCCGCUGCUCGGACCAUCUUUCCCUCCAUUCAAAUUAGACCCAAGUUCGAAGGACAUAUCUUCUGCUUUGGACAAUCUCUCGAAAGAGCUCGAACGUCAAAAUAAAGAAGGCAACGGGUCCCACGGAGUUACAUACCCCAAUACAACAAGUUUUAGCCUGGCAUUAUUCUCCACCAACGAGGGAGCCGGCUCAGACAAUGAAUUCUUUUUUGAUUACCACUACACUGCUCCAUCUUUGAAACAAUCAAGUCAAAUCCGUACUGUAGAUGAAAACAGCAUCUACCGCAUCGGUGGACUUUCCCAGAUAUUUACUGUGUUGACGCUGCUUUCUGUGGCCGGUGACGAUAUCCUCUAUAAUCCUGUUGCAAAAUACAUUCCGGAACUUGCGACAUACCAGCGAGACAAUAAGACGCAGCCUUCCAAUCCACAUAUCCAGUGGGAUGGGAUUACCGUUGGAGAACUAGCAAGUCAUAUGGCAGGCAUUCCCAGAGAUUCCUGCAUCGGUGAGCCGAGUGAUGAAGUGCAUUCCGAAGAUGGCCUUCCAGUAUCAACUGCAUCUUUUCCUCUCUGCACCUCAAUGUCUUACAACGACGCACUAUCCCGUCUAUCCCAGCAAACACCAACAGCCUUUCCAGGUACAACACCGCUAUAUUCGAACAUGGGAUUCGAGGUUCUGGGCUAUAUUAUACAGAAAAUUACAGCGCAGCCAUUCGGCGACGUUCUAGAGGAUCGCAUAAUCAAAGUACUGGGUCUGAAUGGAACAAGUCUCUCCACACCAUCCAGAUCUUCCUUGGGUGUUAUCCCGGCCAAUGAGAAGAAAAGUGGAUGGACAACUGCAUAUGGUGGAGCGUCACCGGCGCUGUCAAUGUUCUCAAGCAUCACUGACCUUUCUAUCGUCGGAAAGGCAAUUCUGCAAUCGACAGUUCUGUCUCCCGCUCAAACUAGACGAUGGCUGAAGCCCGUCUCUCACACCUCCAAUCCGGCCAAUUCGCUUGGUUACCCCUGGAUUAUCUACAGUGGUGGAAAAUAUCCUAGCACUUCUAUGGUCGAUGUCUAUACCUACUAUAGUAACAUCGGUCUGUACAGUUCAUAUAUCGGUAUCGUGCCCGAUUACAACGUUGGUUUUGCCAUCCUUGCAGCUGAUAGCAUCUCGAGUCCUGAUUUAAAUGCUCAUGCCGAUAUCAUCUCCGAUGUACUUCUUGGGACUUUGAUCGGGACAUCAACCAAACAGGCAUCGCUGAACUUUGGUGGUCUAUAUAAAGCUCCUCAUAUCAAUUCAUCGUUGACUAUUUCGGCUGAUAAGCUUCCUGGUUUGUUCAUCAAGGAAUUUACAAGCAAUGGUCACGAUUUCAGGAAGACACUGGCCUCUUUAUCUGGCAUUACCAAGUCCGACGAUCUCAGCAUCAGACUGUAUCCAACCGGUUUGGUCUCCAGGACCAAUUCUGGUUCUAAGCAAACGUUCAAGGCUGUGCUCCAGGACAUGACAGACUUUGCUGAUGGUGGUACUUCCACGUGCCUCUCGUGGAGGGAUGUUGGCAAGCUUAAGUACAAUGGUGCUUCAUUGGACGACUUUAUAUUUGAAGUCGACGAGUAUGGCGCAGCAGUGAAUGUGGAGGUUCCGGCGUUAGAAGCAACUCUGCAGCGGCAGAGCAAUGAGGGGUAA